AUGAACAACUUGCAAUCAAAUGGGGACAGCGAGACUGAUGACCCAAAUAAUGUGUUUCCUUUAGGAGCUGAGUCAUCUUUACAAUUGCCUUUAGAUAGUUCAAUGUGUAUAGUGUUUACUGGGCAUUACAAUGGAGUAGGGGUAGAGGUUAGGUCACCAGAUGAGAUGAAACUACUGUACCACAUGGGUUGCUUUGGCAAAGGAACAGUAUCUAGAUCUAGACCUAAGCCAAUCACAAACAGUCCACCCUUUAUGCGUAGAAGACAGUUUUUAAAAAGGAAUUACUGGUAUAAGAGAUUUGGUAAAUUGCAGAAGAGUUUUCAACCAGAUACAUUUUUCAAAGACAUUGAUCACUUAGUUGCAAAAAUUUUAAAUGAUACCAAAAAGCAAUCUGGAAAAGAAGUCAUAGAUUUAGUGUCCAGUGAUGAUGAUGUUCAAGAGGAACAUGCAAGUCUUACGGAGCAUUCUGACUUUGAUGAUUCUUAUAAACAAAAUUCAGUAGUCAUUGUACCCAAUAGUGAUUCCGAAGAUGAUAAUUAUUUUGCAAAUUUAAAACCCAAGUAUUGUGUUAAUAAAAUUCUGUUGCAAGAGAAACUUAUGCUCACUUUACAAGAAGCAUUUUUUUUAUUGUAUGGCCUUGGAUGUUUACAAAUUGUGAAUGCUGAAAAUAAUAUACUCAAUAUUGAGGAAUGUUGGAAUUUGUUCUCUGAAAGUGAGAGUAAUUUUGUUGAGAAGUAUGUUGUUUAUCAUUACUUUAGAUCAAAAGGAUAUAUUGUGAAGCCAGGAAUAAAAUUUGGUGGUGACUUUUUACUGUACAGAGAAGGGCCAGAGAUGAAUCAUGCUGAUUACAUUGUUGUCAUAAAUUUUGGUAAAGAAAACUUGGAUUGGAUUUCUUUGCUUGGCCAUGUCCGAAUGGCUACAACUACAGUUAAGGAAAUACUGAUUGCAGAAGUUACAAGAUCUAAUAAAGAUAACAUAAAACUACCUCUGGAACUUCAGGAGUAUAGUGUAAGGGAAUUGGUGUUAACAAGAAAGAUUCCUGUGAUAAUAAAUAAUGAUGAUAACUAAACCAGAUUUUAUUUACAUAAACUAAUAACAAUUAAACUUAACAUAUUUAUUAUC